AUGACGCCCUUCACUGCGUGCGGCACUGUCGCGGACUACGCGAUCUUUGACGAGGAGCUAGUGGCUCUGAAGCCCAAGAACUUGACCUUCGACCAGGCUGCGAGCAUCCCGCUCAUUGGCCUCACCAGCUACCAAGCUCUGGUGGAGCACACGAAGCUCCAGAAGGGCGAGAAGGUGCUCAUUCUGGGCGGCAGCAGUGCUGUCGGCAUGUUUGCCAUCCAGCUGGCCCACGCCAUUGGAGCGCGCGUGGUCACGACUGCGAGUGCCAAGAACGCCAACUUUGUGAAGGGCCUCGGCGCUGAGCGCGUCAUCAACUACCACACGCAACCGGUUCAGCCGGCGAAAUUCGGAGCCAAGAACUGCGGCAACUUGCUGGUGUACCCGACGGCCAAGGGGCUGGAUGAGAUCACGGAGUACUUGGAGAAGGGCUCCAUUGUCCCCGUGAUUGACACUGUGUACGAGUUUGAGAAGCUCCAGCCGGCAUUGACGAAGCUGAAAGGCAGGCACGCGCGCGGCAAGCUGGUGAUCCAGGUGAACCCGGAGAGUCAAGGGUAA